GUAUAUUAGAGCAAACACUCAAACAAGCAGGCUGGAUAAAAACAUAAUAAUGAAAGAACAACCAAUUUGUUGAUGGCUGGAUGGAGUGAAAAAAAGAGGAACUCUCCAAGUCUUCGGGUUAUUUCAUCGUUUGUAUGGUGGCUCCAACGUGCUACCAAAAUGCACGUGGUUGCCAACAAACUUCAACUGACAUUGGCAAUUUUAAAGCCUGAUUGUAUGGCUUGUCCACACAUCAUAUCAGAAAUUCGAAGAAUUAUGCUUGAGAAUGAAUUUUGGCUUGUCCGUACUAAAAUGGUGAAAUUAAGCAGAGAACAAGCUGAAGAAUUUUAUAGUGUGCAUCAAGAAAAAUUCUUCUAUAACCGAUUGGUAACCUUCAUGUGCAGUGGCCCAAUUGGUGUUCAUGUUCUUGCUCGUGAGGAUGCAAUUAAUACCUGGAGGAAACUCCUUGGUCCCACCAAGGUACUCAGGACAGUUUUUGAAGAACCCACUUCUAUACGUGGGCGUUUUGGACUGACAGAUACAAGGAAUUGUGCUCAUGGUUCAGAUUCUGAAGAAACAGCAAAUAAGGAAAUUCAAUUCUUCUUUCCAGAAAUCGAUAUAGACAAAUUUCGAGAAGAGAUCAGAAAAUUUUUAGAAGAAAAGGGUACCAUGCUUUUCAAUGAAAAAUCAUGUGAACAUGAAUGUCAUAAUUAAUUUUAUUCAAAUAUAUUUUGUAUGAAUCUAAUAAUUUUUAACACCCACCCCACCAAUUCCCAAUGUUCUAAAACAGUGGUUCCAAAAAUAGUUUAGCCAAAAUUCACUUUGCUCUUUAAAUCAUUCCUUACAUCUCUUCUCUGUUAAACAGAAUAACAAAUUGCACAACACUGUGGGAGACAAUAUUAUUCUUAUGUUCUUGUUAGUUCCAGCUAUUUGGUUGUGGCCAAAUCGAAACAUCAUAAAAUUCAGUUUCAUAAUUCAUGAAUUCAUAGAGUUUUUUAGUGAGUCACCAUUGCAAUAGAAAUAUUCAAAAUCUGUCACUUUGUAAUCUCCCUUGUUUUCCCACAGAUACUUGGAAAUUUCACCAGUUUCUGAAAUUUGAAAUUUGAUGGUAUAGUAUUUUUCUUAUGUACCACUGAGUAACCAAUGGUACUUCUAUUGGUGGUGAUGGCAGGGGUUGCUUCUCAUAUAUUACCUGUAUACUAUGCUAUUACCUCAGUAUCAUUUAGUACCUCUUGUCACCUCUUUGUUACGUAGUACUUUACUAAGUGUGUGUUAUUCAUUACACCACCUUUUGGGAGAAAUGUAUAUUAUAUUUUAAAACACUGUUCUAGAAUAUUUUCUUCUCACAAGACUUUUGAAAUUUUUAUUGUUGAAAUAUUGUUCUCCAUUUUUAACUGCGAAUCAUGGUAAAAGAAGUAGCAAUACCAUUAGUCUCGGUUUGAAAAAUAUAUCUCUGUUAUUUAAGAUUUAAGUGUUUGUUAAAGAAUUUUGAAGAAUUCUUUGAAAGAUUUUGUUAUUGUAAUGUAAAUUCUGGGUAAAUUCAGAUCCAGUAUAGAUUAAACUUAAGAAAAUAGUGUGACUUGAAUUGACCAAAAUAUGCUUGAUAGAUAUAAACAUUGUUACAUUUAUGAUUUCUGAUGACACAUAAUUUAUAUUAUUUAUGUAUUUAUUUAAUUUAUAACUUUUUUAAUUUAAGAAGGAAGGAAAUUGUUCAUAGCUUUCUUAGUUCCUGAGGCUCUCCAUAAUCAGUAGCUGUUUGGCCCAAGUUCUGUUAUUUGAUUAAACUAAAUUGAAGUUAUUUGUCAAUCAGAUAAUGGUUAAGAGAGAGCAGCAUUUUGGAGGUGGGGUUUCUCAGACUUUUUUGAUAAAGUUUAAAAAAUCCUGCUGUAACUUUUGUGUUAUUUGGUUGUUAGCUAAACUUGCUACCUCUACGUGUCUAUGACAGAAAGGCUAUAAUUCCACAGAUUUAAGUAAACUAUAUAGUAAACAUUUCCAUAUGAAAAAUGUAUAUUUAAUGUUGAUGACAAACAGAACUGUAAUCUCUGAGAGCAUUUUAUAAUAUAGUAUAUCGUUCCAAUAUUUA